AUGGCUACUGGACAGCAAGCAUAUCCUGUUGUUGCACCUUGUCCUCUUGUGGAUGUUGGUAACUAUGGAGGUGCUUCGGGACGACAGAGCAGUGCUGUCUCCCAGCAUCGUCUUAACGAUCGCAAUAAUUCGUCUACGGAUGAGUUCUUGAUGGUGCAGGAGUCGCGAGUGAACGGCUUUCUUCAAAAUUCUGCACACCAGAUAGAAGUGCAGCGGUCCGCCCUCCAACACGUGGCGAACCAUCUCUCUACCACUGCUACCAAUAUUGGACAAAUCAUAGCCCAGUGGAUUGGACAUCCAGCUUCGGAGCAAGCAGCCGGCCUGUAUCAAGAGCUUGAGAAGUCUCACAACCGACAAAUUGAUGCUGAUAACCAGUACCGACAACUGAAGGACGAGUAUCGGGCCUUAGAGAAGCGGCUCCAAGAUUCCAACACCAAGCUUGAGAAUGCUAUCAAGGAGCGGGAUGAGCAGCGGCGACUGGCCGAGAGUGCCAACUGGACUGGUUCAACAAAGGUAUCGGAUGAUGCUAUUGAGAGCAAGUGGAAGCAGCUUGGAUACAACAUUCGGGCCAUGAGCAGAUCUUUAGCCAAAUGCCAGAUUCGCCGUCCCCAGAAUGAUGACAUUAAGAACCGACUGUCAAUGGCCGUACCACGCUGGGAAAAGUUACUGCCUAACGAUGAUCACAAAGAGUUCGUCAUCAGCGCUUAUCUCUGGGCCAUUGUUGAAGAGAUCAUUGAGGAAGGCAGUGAGAUUAUGGGAGGCGAUCAUGGGAUGAACUUCAAAGCGAUGCGGGCUGAAUUUAUUGGAGUUGCUCCCGAGGGAGACAAACCUUCAGGCCGUGGUCCAACUCUCCGCCAUGUUGCACGAUGGGCUGCACAGGGCGCAGCUUUCUUUGGACAUUUUUUUUGUCCGCAACGAGCAAGCAUUCAGGACACGAACAGCUGA